AUGCCGGGCCCAGGAAGCCACGCGGAAAGCCUCGCGCGUCUGCGCCGCCAUGUGGAGAAUGAGGUGCCGGAAGCGAUUUCGCUUUUGGGAAGUGCGUACCGCCAUGGUCUGUUGGGCGUCGUGAAAUCCGAUAAGAAAGCCGCGAAGAUUUGGAAGCGCGCCGUGGAGCUCAAGAACGUGGACGCGAUGUUCCAACUUGCUGGAUUGUACUGGAUUGGAAGUGGCGUCAAGCUGGACAAGAAUAAGGCGAUGAAGCUGUAUCGCGCGGCCGCGGAUCGGGGCGACGCGCUCGCGCAAUUCAAUUUAGGGAUUUUACUUCGUUCUGAGAAGAAAUUUGAAGAAGCGUUCCGGUACUUCGCGCUCGCGGCGAAUCAAGGCUAUACCGAGGGAGAGGCCAGCCUUGGCUAUUGUUACACGGCGGACGGAGAAGGCACGGAAGUCGACCUCGGCAAAGCCAGAUACUGGUACGCGCGCGCCGCUGCCAAGGGCCACCAGAUAGCUAUAGACGACCUCGCGGGCCUCGACGCGUGA